AUGAACCAUCCCUUGAAGAUCAAGCAAUGGAAUCCUUCGAAGCCAAAACGAAAGCCCAAUCUUCGUGCAAGGAAUCCCGAGCUGCGGCCAGUCCUUUCUGAUGCCUCCUUUGCUCAGUCUAUCGCAUGUGACGCGGAGAAUCCUUGGCCUUUUGUAGGCGGGGAGGACUUGGCCAAUGUCGAUCCCUACGCGGAUUUCCCGUCGAUUGAGGAAAUCAUUGACGAGGUGAUCCGUUCCGCCACCAGUGACAGCGCAAGGGACAGCAUCGACACACCGAAUCAUACCGCUACCCCGAAAGCUAUCUCCAAUUCCAUUCCCCCCUAUCCCGGAGGUGGGGGAGCAGGUGACAGCGUCAAGACACUAAGUCUUCAGAAUGACACGCCUAAUCGCGGCAGUAAUAGUCAAGAGAUUGCCAUUGCCAUGGACAAAGAUCAGGGUAUCUGUGAGAUGUCUCCCAAACACACCAUCGCCCCGGUGGCCACUCCCGACUCCAUCCCGGGCCGACAAGUUGAUCUUGAUGAUCUGGCUGGUGGAAUGCCGACUGCAUCCAAAAAUGUAGUCCCCCCCAAUGCGCCGUUGCCAUUGGUCUUGGGUGGUGAAGCGCCCGACAAUAAUCAUCAGUCCUUGUCUGUCCUCGCUCAACCGCCUCCCGCGGCAACCGAGGUUGAGAAUCAUACCCCGCAGGAGGAGCAUAGUGACAGCACCGAGCAUGGAGACACCCUGGAGGUUGAUCAUUGCGGGGACAUUGUUGAAUCGACCCCCACUGAAUCGGGUUUUGGGUAUGCCUCACCCUACCCAACGGAUACGUCUCUCUCGUCAGGCUCAACCACACCGUCCACGCCUCCCUCACCUUCCUUACUUUCAAAGGAUGAGACGCUGCGAAACCCUAUCCAGGUUCAGGGCACUUCGGGUCCGAGCGGCCUUGUACCAAUGGCCAUGGAUCUCAACCAACACGCAAGCUGCACUCAGGAGCCUGAAGUCUGCUCUUCGCGGAAACAACCAGUUGAUGACAUGAUUGGGGGGGGCCGAGGCCGUUGUGGAGGCGAUGUUGAACCUUGUUCUACGGGGUUAGGAGGCUCCCGUGCACCGACCCCUAGACGAAGAGCCCGAGGUUCAUAUAUCCUCCAUGGUGAUUACUAUGAGAGUGACGACGGCGACGGCGACGACGAUGACUUUGACGACGAAAGGGGCCAACAGUCUCCAGAGCCCGACGGGACCGACAGGUCAAGGCGAUGCAGUGGGAGUGUUCCUAUUGAGGCCUUGCUCGCCGAUGCCAAAUACCGUCGUGCCCAGAGCACCGAGGACAGCGAGCGGGAUCAUGAUGGAGACGAGGAUGAGGAUGAAGCUUAUGGAAAGCGUCGACGCAAACGCCGUCGUUCCCAUGAGCCCUUGGCUAGCAUCAAGCGCCGUCGCUAUGGGCAUACCACUCGCCAAUGCCCAACGAACACCACGCGAUCGGUACCAAGGGAUCGGACGCCGACACCUCGCAUGCUCAGCCCGUCUUCGUCAUACACUACAUCAGACGAUUCAGAUACUGGGCAUGAUUUUGCGACAUUUCGGGAAUGGCAACUUGACAACGUCAUACUGAAGCGGGUUGUCCUCAACGGUGUAGCCACCUUUCAGUUACAGUUUGGUUGGGACAUGUGCUCGAAGCAUGACAACGCGGUUGAUGCUGUUCCUGACAGGCGCCACCGAACAUCUACAGGCUCCACCGGCCGAGUACAUCGCGGCGAAGGUGCGAAAGCCAAGUUCACACCGGAAGAAGAUAGGUUCCUCCUUGACUUGAAGGAGGGCGAAGACGGCCAGUCAUCUCCACACCUCACCUGGUCGGAGAUUUAUCGGCGGUUCAACGCGAGAUUUCCAGGUCGACGAUCAUGUGGGUCUCUUCAAGUGCAUUACUGUACGAAGUUGAAGGGCCGAGAGGAGCCUUAG